UACUGAAGAACUUUAGCCACCUGAACAUUCUAUUGAUAUUUUUCAUUCAAGGUGUGCUGAGCCUUGUUCACAAUUUUAUUUGUAAAGAAACAGCAUACAUUCAUAUAGCUGUUAUAUUACUGUCCUGUUCAUAUUUUGGUAAAGCUAAUCUGAUGCAUGAAGGAUCUUCAUGAAAUGUACUAGUUUCUCAGAAUUCCUAGGGUUUAUGAAUCAAAUGCAUGUACUUGGAGAUGCCAGUCUUAUACAGCUUGGCCAUCUGUGAAAAUAUUGCACGAUUCUGGUUUUUAUUCUGGUGGGUGGAGAACCAAAUGGAUCUUGAGAAUUUAUCUUGAUAAUAUUCCAGAUUAUCUGGUAAAUAGAACACAGUCCAUAGUUGCUUCUUCUAGGUUUCUGAGUGUCUUGGUCCUGGCUAUCUUAAUAAAACUACUGAAAUGUAAAUAAAAUAAAAUUAAUACCAUUCUCUGCAUACAACCAUGUGGUAGGAGAGUCCUAGACUGCCUAUAAAGACAGAAGCAUAAGAAUGAAAGCAACAUGAACAAAGAUUCACACAUCAUGCUGGGCCAUGGCUUACUUAACCAUGGUUUCUGGAACAAACCAUGACAUGACAUUUGACAAAGUUAAAGAAAUCAUGCUAUGGCUUAAUGUGAUGCAAUUUGCAGGAGACCUGUUUUAGGUGCUCAGGACAGUUUUAGGUGCGCAGAUCUCUCUAACAUAUUAAUUUUAUAGAUUAAACUUCAUGCCUUGUGUUUCAAAAUGGCCUGUAUAGUUUUUAAAAGUAGCUUUUAGAGAUAAUCAUGUUGAAUUAUCUGAGUUUAUAAAUUUUGUUAGCUGUAUAUAACAAAGUCUAGAUAAAUAUUUGCUGCUGUUAUAUAGUGCCCAGAUAUUGGAAUGGUUUCCCAUUCUGUCCACUAAGAAGUAGAUCAAAGAUAAAUUUUGAUCAGUGUUUUGCUAUAAGACAUUUAUUAAUCCCACCUCCCUGAGUCAAUAUUUAUUCAUUUUUACAUUUUUUUUAAUACUGCCUUUUUGCAAGGCUUUUAUUUUGUUUCUGUAAUGAACAGCCUGAUCUGUUGGAUCAAAACAAUUAGUUUCUCUACUGUGAUUAAUUAAAAAGUUGGCUGCUGGUACUAAUUGUGUCUUCUUUCUGCAAGGAAUGUUGAGUUCACCACACAGCUGCAAAUCGGCAAUCCCUUCCUCCUCAGGCUUGUUGAAGAUGGAACUCUAAUCCCUGCUGAACGAUGUGUCCCCAGUUCUAUCCUUCUCUUCCUCCUUUAGUCUCCUCCCCCUACACUUUAACUUCUUUUCUCCACCAAUUAUCUUUCAUACCCUUCUUUCUGGUGAGGGAAGCAGAGGAAUAUAUAUGAAAUCAUCAUAGGGUUAUCACUGGGUUUGGUUGAAGUUCCAAAGUGUAAAUUAAAAAAUUAUACUUGAUACUCUUAUGGCUAACAUGCAUUGGCUGAAUUUUUAUAAAUACUUAUUUGAGAAUAAGAUUGUCCUUAGUGAGAUCAACAGGGAGAUGCUGUGAGACUUCUUUUUCUUUUAUGCAGCUUCAUACUGGUGAUGCUACUGGAAUAUUACUUGUCCCAGUUUCUUUGUAGCUGCCACAUUGUGUUACCUGGAGCCCUUUGUUUCUUUGCUUUAUUUCAUGGGUCCAGGUGCUCCUGCAAAUUAAAUGGGUGUUCCACUCCUCCUACCAUCCAAAUUUCCUAACUGCCAAGGUUUGAAGAAUAAAGGAUCACUUCAGUUUGAAGACAAAUGGGAUUUCAUGCGCCCAAUUGUUUUGAAGCUUUUACGCCAGGAAUCUGUUACUAAACAACAAUGGUUUGAUCUAUUUUCAGAUGUCCAUGGAGUUUGUUUGUGGGAUGAUAAAGGCCCAGCAAAAAUACACCAGGCUUUGAAAGAAGAUAUUCUUGAUUUUAUUAAGCAAGCACAAGCGAGAGUGCUGAGCCACCAAGAUGAUACUGCAUUACUGAAAGCCUAUAUUGUAGAAUGGCGUAAAUUCUUCACACAAUGUGAUAUCUUACCCAAGCCAUUUUGUCAGUUAGAGAUUACUCUUAUGGGUAAACAAGGCAGCAAUAAAAAAUCGAAUGUAGAAGACAGUAUUGUACGGAAGCUCAUGCUAGAUACUUGGAAUGAGUCCAUAUUUUCAAACAUAAAAACUCGCCUUCAAGACAGUGCAAUGAAGUUGGUCCAUGCUGAACGUUUAGGAGAAGCAUUUGACUCUCAACUUGUCAUUGGUGUUAGAGAAUCUUACGUUAAUCUGUGUUCCAAUCCUGAUGAUAAACUCCAGAUUUAUCGGGAUAAUUUUGAAAAAGCAUACCUAGAUUCAACAGAGAGAUUUUAUAGAACUCAAGCCCCUUCGUAUUUGCAGCAAAAUGGUGUACAGAACUAUAUGAAAUAUGCAGAUGCUAAAUUAAAGGAAGAAGAGAAAAGAGCACUACGGUAUUUAGAAACAAGGCGUGAAUGUAACUCAGUAGAAGCACUAAUGGAGUGCUGUGUGAAUGCUUUGGUGACAUCUUUUAAGGAGACAAUUUUAGCUGAAUGCCAAGGGAUGAUCAAACGCAAUGAAACAGAAAAAUUACAUUUAAUGUUUUCUUUGAUGGAUAAAGUUCCUAAUGGAAUAGAGCCUAUGUUAAAAGAUUUAGAAGAGCAUAUUGUUAAUGCUGGAUUAGCAGAUAUGGUGGCAGCUGCUGAAACUAUUACUACUGAUUCUGAAAAGUAUGUAGAACAAUUGCUUACACUGUUUAAUAGAUUUAGCAAGUUAGUUAAAGAAGCUUUUCAAGAUGACCCAAGAUUUCUUACUGCCAGAGAUAAAGCAUAUAAAGCAGUUGUUAAUGAUGCUACAAUAUUUAAACUUGAAUUACCAUUGAAACAGAAGGGUGUUGGGUUGAAAACACAACCAGAGUCCAAGUGCCCAGAGCUACUUGCAAAUUAUUGUGAUAUGUUAUUAAGAAAAACACCACUAAGCAAAAAAUUAACCUCUGAAGAAAUUGAAGCAAAACUUAAAGAAGUGCUAUUGGUACUCAAGUAUGUACAGAACAAAGAUGUUUUUAUGAGAUACCACAAAGCUCAUUUAACAAGGCGUCUUAUAUUGGAUAUAUCAGCAGACAGCGAAAUAGAAGAGAACAUGGUUGAAUGGCUGCGAGAAGUAGGUAUGCCAGCAGAUUAUGUAAAUAAAUUGGCAAGGAUGUUUCAAGAUAUUAAGGUAUCUGAAGAUCUUAACCAGGCCUUCAAGGAAAUGCACAAAAAUAAUAAACUGGCCCUUCCAGCUGAUUCUGUGAAUAUUAAAAUUUUAAACGCUGGGGCCUGGUCCAGAAGUUCUGAAAAAGUUUUUGUGUCACUGCCUACGGAAUUAGAAGACCUCAUCCCCGAGGUCGAAGAGUUCUACAAAAAGAACCACAGUGGCAGGAAGCUUCACUGGCAUCAUUUAAUGUCCAAUGGCAUUAUAACUUUCAAGAAUGAGGUUGGUCAGUAUGACUUGGAGGUAACGACGUUUCAGUUGGCUGUGCUUUUUGCAUGGAAUCAAAGACCCCGAGAAAAAAUUAGCUUUGAAAACCUUAAGCUAGCAACAGAACUUCCAGACGCUGAGCUUAGGAGAACUUUGUGGUCUCUUGUAGCAUUUCCAAAGUUGAAACGUCAGGUUUUGCUGUAUGAACCUCAAGUCAAUUCGCCCAAAGACUUUACAGAGGGAACUCUCUUCUCAGUGAACCAGGAGUUCAGCUUAAUAAAAAAUGCUAAAGUUCAAAAAAGAGGUAAGAUAAACCUUAUUGGUAGACUGCAGUUAACCACAGAGAGAAUGCGAGAAGAAGAGAAUGAAGGGAUAGUCCAGUUAAGAAUAUUACGAACCCAGGAGGCUAUCAUCCAAAUAAUGAAAAUGCGGAAGAAAAUUACUAAUGCUCAGCUUCAGACUGAAUUAGUAGAGAUAUUAAAAAAUAUGUUCUUGCCACAGAAGAAAAUGAUAAAAGAGCAAAUUGAAUGGCUUAUAGAACACAAAUAUAUCAGAAGAGAUGAAUCUGAUAUCAAUACAUUUAUAUACAUGGCAUAGCCUAAGGAUUUACUGGAAAAUGCCGAGAAAUGUGCAUUGGAAGUGGUUUGGGCAGAAAAACUACAAGAAGACUGUGCUGUAAAAGGACUUGUUUGACCUGCAUUACUUACUCAGAUUCCUGCCUUACCUUACCAGAGGACUUUGUUUUGUCAAUCUCUUUUUUUUUUUUUCAGUUAGCAUGAUGGUGUUCCCUUCAUCUUGUGCACAUUUUUAACAGCAUGCUGUUUUUGUGGGGAAACUGCAUUCAUGGAGAGCCCAUUGUGAGAAUUUUAGGAUUUGAUUUGCACCUGGAAGAGAACAGAUCUGGGAUUUUUAUAUUAAGAGAACUUGCACAAUUUUUUUUUUU